GCCCGCGCGCGUGGGCAGGCUGAACACGCGGUGGGUGGGCGUGCGGCGGCCGUGGGGGUGCGCGCGGACGGACCAGGGGUGCCGCCUCCCGGGGGACAGGGGCAUGUGCGCGUCGCCGGGGGGGAGGGCCUGCGUGUGGUCGGGGAGCGCGAGCGGGGCCCAGACGAGCGGGAGGCGCGCGCGGAAGGAGCGGUGCGCGCGGGCGGUGGGGGGCGGGCUGGGGGGCUCGACGGCGACGUCGAUGAUCGUCUGGUCGCUCGCGGGGGAGAGGGGCGGCUCCGCGUCGGCGUCGGCGUCGUCGGCACCGCGGUCGACGGUGGGCAGGGGCGGGGAGUCGUCGCUGGGCAGGCCGUACUGCUGGCGGACGGCGAGGACCUGGGACCUGUACCAGUUGGAGAGCAUGCAUUGCGCGGCGGGCGCGGCCCACGUGAGGCCGUCGAGGUCGGCGGGCUCGAACCUGACGGACGCGAAGGAGCGCUCGAGGAGGAGGCGUUGCUCCUCGGUCAUCUUGAGAUCCUCGAGGUCCUCGCGGUCCUGCUCCUGCUCCUCGCGCUUGAGGGUCGCGAGCCUCUGGAGGGCGCGCGGGCCGAGGUCGCGGACGGGGGCGGACGGGUACGCCAUCUGCGAGCUCCUGAGGAUGGGGCGGGGUGGGUCGACGUUGCGUCCUGCGACGAGGGAAAGCAUCGGGUGGAGGUGGAAAGCCAUGCUGGCGGAGUGGAAGUCGCGAAGCGAAGGCCUGCCAGCAGGGAGACUGAGACGGAUCGAAGGAGUGUCGGAGCUGGCGAGAGCACAGGGAGGACGCGGACUUGUGCCAGACAAGUGAAAGUGGAGGGCAGAGGCUGAAGACGGCGGCCUCAAGCAGGCGUCGCGCGGAGUAGGCGGAUUGCAAACGAGGCCGACAGGCGUGACCGGUGUGAACGAGCGGCUAGGGGCAGUCCAUGGCACGGAGGCUGGCGUAGGAAUCGAAGUAGGGCACGUGCUGGGCGACGACAGCAGGCCACAGACCUGCGCUGGGUCGAGCGUCGUGGCGGACUGCGGACGCGGAGGCAGAGCGUGAGAUCUGAUCGCGAUCAGCGCCACCGCGACCCAGCCACCGGCCAGG